UAUAGAGCACACCAGGACACACACUACGGACCACAUCAGGGAAUACUGAAUGAACUGGUCAAUGAUAGAUACAUGAACCACACCUCCACUCCAACUGUCCCAGGCCUCUUUUCAGAUGAAAUUCCAUGUAGAGCACAUCAAGGAGCACAAGAAGCACAGAGGGAACAUACCAAUGAGUUGUCUCCUUUUAAGCGGAACAUUCUAAAGGUUUUAAUGGAAAUUAAAACUGAGCUGAAAGAACAGAGGGCAAUACUGCAAAAAUUACAGGGGGCACCUGUACCUGUACCAAAUGACUUUGAAUGCAGCUUGUCUUUACCUCUGGAGUCACUGGACAAUUUUGAUGCUCUUGAGAGGUUGUUGGAAGAUGAGGCUGAAAAAAACAGAUUGGUUUGCCACCUAUCACUUCUGGGCGGACAUAAAUUAGAGGACACUGUCCGAAGAAUGUUAAGCCACAUUUUCACAAACAAACUUGCAUCAGUAUUCAACUGGGCUGGACGUGGACAGAAGAGGAGCUUUGAGACCUCAAAUCUUCAGAAGAUAAUGUUCUGUGCAUUGCGAAAUACACCACAGUGCAAAGAGGCAUCCAAGCAAGAGUUUUCAGAGGCUGUAAAAAAAUGGUUGCGUUACGCUCCAGACAGAGAGGGUGGCAGCGGCAGACAACCAUCAGUUCAUUAAUUGUUCCAUAAUCAACCUGUUUUUUGUUGUUUUGAUUGUUUUAUUUUGCUAAAUUAAUAACAGUUGUUCAUUAGAAAAUUGUAUAUCCCACUUUAGUACAUAAAUGUA